GAACAAAGGUAAACGUGAAAUGAGGAAAAGGAUGGUGACACAAGGCGAAAGUUUAUCCCAUUAAAACAGCAACGAAGGCUGAUUGAUCGCUUGCGAAGAGGUCUAAUCAGAUGUAAGGUCAUGGUAGAGGCAGGCAAGCAAUGCUGAAGGAACAAGACACCAUGAUCAAACAGCAAAACCUUCCCCUGCUCCUGAUAUGUGUGGGCUGGCUAGUAGAGACCUUGGGUGCCGCCCCUGCACUGGUGGUAUAUCAGCCUCCUCGUAUUGAAGCUGAGGUUGGGCACCCUGUCGUUUUGAGCUGUACCGUCAACAACACUGGGGGUCAGUUCUUCUCUGGAGUAUUCUACAGAGGAAAUUCUGAACUGGAAGUUGAUGGGUCUGUAUGGUGCCUGUCAAGGGACUCCUGUAAUCUUUCUCUCACCAUUGAAAGCCCCAGUCUUGCAGAUGCGAAUGUGUACUACUGCGAAGUGAACAUGCCCAGUGUUGAGGAAGCCAGAACAGUCAAAGGCUCUGGAACUCAGCUUUCUCUUUAUGUUCAGCCCGCUUGCAUAGAAAUACAACAGUCCUCUCCUCUAGUUUCUGGACGCACAGCCACACUGGACUGCAAGGUUUCAGGGUUCUACCCUCGGAACGCUUCAGUUUUAUGGUUCCACAGGGGCACUCCAGUGUUGCCCGGCAGCGUCACUGAGAACAUCACCAUGAACGAUGACGGCACUUUCUCCCUGCUCAGUCAGUAUAACUUCAGCCCCACGGUGAAGGAUGACAAUGCAGAGUGUGCCUGCCAGGCCUCUCAUCCAAUGUGGACACAGACAAAUAGAACCAGCAUCACCCUCAAUGUCAGCUAUGGAAAUAAACCAGUUUGUGGCCUGGCUCUCAUUCCGUUUGCCUGGGUAUCGGUGAUUGUCAUCAUCAUUUUGCAGAAAAAAAGAAAGAGAAAGAACCAAGACCAAGUGACUGUCGUCGACGCUGAGCACAGGAGUCAGGAAGAGACGCACCCAACUGCAGGUCAGCAGAGCAGUGAAGCAAUAGAAUAGGCCAGAAGAGGGCGCUGGACAGGGUCUACACCAUGCAGGAGUUUCCCAAAUAAGGCCUGUGUUUCACCCAAAGAACCAUACGGCCCCAGUUUUCCUCAAUACCGUUAAUAUAAACAUGCAUGCACGAUAAUAUGUAAAAUAUAAGUUUCUGAAGGGUCUCCCAAGAAAACCUAUUAUGUAUUAUGAAAAUAAUUCAUUUUAAGCCAGGAAGCCAAAAGGAUAGCAGAAAUGGCAUGUCCUUGGAUUGAGUCCUGGAAGUUCUUUGGUGUGUUACUGGAAAUGCUUUGUCUUUCAGUGUUUUUUUUUUCAUUGUGCUUACUGACUGGAAACCAUGUACAAAAAUUAACACAGUGUUUUAGAUACAGUAUCAAUUAAGUUAUGUGUGCUUUUUUAUAGAAAAUGUUCCUUUUUAAUCACCACACUUUUUUGUUACUUAUAUAUUAUAAGCUGUUUUUAAUUUUAUGGUCUUGAAUAUGUGAAAUUCUCCCCACCUUACAGGUGCAUAAGUCAAGCACAAUUAAGUUGUUCUUUGAAAUGUAACCACUUUUGGGUGAAAUGACCACUGAAUAAGGUUGUCUCACUGAAAUGUUUUUUAAUUUUUACAUCCAGAUGAAAGGAAGAUUUUGCAAUAAUGUUUUUGAUGCUUAGUGUAUGGUCAUACUUAAUAGCACAAUGUAAAUUUUAUGGGCCCCACACAAAUGCACUUUCUGUUUUAUUGCUUUCUUGUUCUGGUCAAAGCCUUUUUACCAGUAUACAUGUCAAACUGAUGAUCUCAGACUGAAACAGGGAAGUGUAACAGCAGCAGAUUUUUGGCUGGACCACAACAGCCCUACAAACGCGAAUGUCUGUGACUGAGUGACUGAGUGAUGAAGUUACACCAUUGGUCGGCCGAGUAAUGAAGUUACACCAUUGGUCGGCCGGAUUUCUGAAGAAAUACCUCAGCAUUAGGAGUACUGAAAAGGGUUUCCCUUCAAAGAAUGUACAAUACAAUAAUACAUAAAGCAUUUAUGAAUGAUUUUGAAAGCAGUA